AUGGCGGCCGUGUUUGACCUGGACCUGGAGACGGAGGAAGGCAGCGAGGGCGAGGGCGAGCCGGAGUUCAGCCCCGCGGACGCGUGUCCCCUCGCCGACCUGAGGGCCGCUGGCCUGGAGCCCGCGGGGCACUACGAGGAGGUGGAGCUGACGGAGACCAGCGUGAACCCUGGCCCCGAGCGCAUCGGGCCCCACUGCUUCGAGCUGCUGCGCGUGCUGGGCAAGGGCGGCUACGGCAAGGUGUUCCAGGUGCGAAAGGUGCAGGGCACUAACUCGGGCAAAAUCUACGCCAUGAAGGUCCUGAGGAAGGCCAAAAUUGUGCGCAACGCCAAGGACACGGCUCACACGCGGGCUGAGCGGAACAUUCUGGAGUCGGUGAAACACCCCUUCAUCGUGGAACUGGCCUAUGCCUUCCAGACUGGCGGCAAGCUCUACCUCAUCCUCGAGUGCCUCAGUGGCGGCGAGCUAUUCACGCACCUGGAGCGAGAGGGCAUCUUCCUGGAGGACACGGCCUGUUUCUACCUGGCAGAGAUCACGCUGGCCCUGGGCCACCUGCACUCCCAAGGCAUCAUCUACCGGGACCUCAAACCCGAGAACAUCAUGCUCAACAGCCAGGGCCACAUCAAGCUCACGGACUUCGGGCUCUGCAAGGAGUCCAUUCACGAGGGUGCCGUCACCCACACCUUCUGCGGCACCAUUGAGUACAUGGCCCCCGAGAUUCUGGUGCGCAGCGGCCACAACCGGGCGGUGGACUGGUGGAGCCUGGGCACCCUGAUGUACGACAUGCUCACUGGAUCGCCGCCCUUCACCGCGGAGAACCGGAAGAAAACCAUGGACAAGAUCCUCAAAGGGAAGCUGGCGCUGCCCCCGUACCUCACCCCGGAUGCUCGGGACCUCGUGAAAAAGUUCCUGAAGCGGAACCCCAGCCAGCGGAUGGGGGGCGGCCCGGGGGACGCGGCUGACGUGCAGAGGCACCCCUUUUUCCGGCACAUCGACUGGGACGACCUCCUGUCCCGCCGUGUGGACCCCCCUUUCAGGCCCUGUCUGCAGUCGGAAGAGGACGUGAGCCAGUUUGACACCCACUUCACGCGGCAGACGCCAGUGGACAGUCCCGACGACACGGCCCUCAGCGAGAGCGCCAACCAGGCCUUCCUGGGUUUCACGUACGUGGCGCCCUCCGUCCUGGACAGCAUCAAGGAGGGCUUCUCCUUCCAGCCCAAGCUGCGCUCCCCCCGGCGCCUCCACAGCAGCCCCCGCACCCCCCUCAGCCCCCUGACGUUCUCACCCUUUGAGGGGUUCCGGCCCAGCCCUGGCCCGCCAGAGCCCGUGGAGCCCCCUCCGCCGCCUCUGCUGCCGCCGCCGCCACCGCCCUCGAGCACCGUGCCCCUCCCCAUCCGGCCCCCCGCAGGGAAGAAGUCCCGGAGGGGCCGCGGGCACCCCGGGCACUAA